AUGCUAACCGUGCGUUUCACAGGCCCAGACCCCUUCAGCAGUCCCCCAGACUCGUCGCCGCCCGCACCACCACCUCCAGAGCAGUGCGUUCAUCCUCCGAUCCCCCGUCAUUCCCCAGAAUUCCAUGGGCACAAGGGGAACGAGAGAGGAAGGGGAGGGGUGAAGGAAGGUCAGGCUAACGGCGGGCACAGGCUCAUGCGUGCUGGUGAAGACGACCGGUAUCGAAUGGUCGAGGACGAGCUCCUCCGGACGGCGCAAUGCUUCACGACGCGCCUUCACCGUGCCGAGUACGAUCGGCUCCGACGUCUCGCCCGGACGCGAAACGCCGCCGCUAUCCACGCCAUGGAGCGUCCUGUGGUCGUCACCUCGACGCCCGUAGCGGCUGUGGCCCGGCGCCGACGCGACAGACAGCGCGCCCUCGCCAUCGCGGCAUCCAACGCCGACCCCGACCCCGACCUCGAGCUGCCCUGGGUAGGGACCAGCCUACACGGCCUGAUGGAGCGGUCAUCGAGUGAGGACCCCCUGGCGUUACCGCCAAGUGCUCCCUCCUCCAGUACGGUGAUGCGUGUCAGGCCCGGAUCCCGACUGGAUUCGAUCACGAGCGUAGGCCGCAGCAAAGGUUCGAGCCUCAGAGGCUUGGCGCCUGCGGCCUCUUCCCGAAAGCCACCCGUUCGCGGUGGACUCGUUCCACAUCUGUUUUCUAUACCGGCUACGGAGAGGACCAGUGCUGCUGCGAGUGAUACCGGCAGUGACAACGGCAGCGCUUCGGUCACCCCGGCUCGCAGCACGCGUGCUCUGAACCGACAGCGAGACGGCUCACCGGGAACCAGACACCGACAAGUCCGUCUCUCGGCUGAGGGUCAUGAAAGUGAUGACGAGGAUGACGGCGAUGGCGAAGAUGGCGUUGAAGAUGACCCGUUUGGACUAUGCAGGCGCAGGAUCCGGCGAGCCAAGUCCAGAAUGCAGCCGUGCCGGCCGCCGCCAAAGGCGAAGAAAUUGACCCCCGACACGAUACCGUCUUUCUUAUGA